GUAACGCAGCCUGUCCUGCCAACUGCAACCUCGCUGCAGCAGGCUCAGCCUCCGCGGGAGCAGCCCUUGCCGCCUGCACCCAUGGCCAUGCCUCAUAUCAAACCUCCCCCUACUACUCCAAUCCCUCAGCUCCCCACUGCUCCAUCCCACAAGCACCCUCCUCAUCUCUCUGGCCCUUCUCCAUUCUCAAUGAACUCCAACUUGCCUCCCCCGCCUGCUUUAAAGCCUCUGAGCUCCCUCUCAACUCAUCAUCCUCCAUCUGCACACCCUCCCCCUUUGCAGCUGAUGCCUCAGAGCCAGCCACUGCAGUCUUCACAAGCCCAGCCUCCUGUGCUGACGCAGAGUCAGAGCCUUCCUCCCCCUGCUAACCACCCCCCAUCUGGACUCCAUCCGGUAUCCUCCCAGCCCCCCUUUUCUCAGCAUCCAUUUGUCCCAGGAGGCCCACCUUCCAUCACCCCUCCUUCUUGCCCCUCCACUUCCACGCCACCCACUGUGCCUGGCAUCCCACUUCAGACUUCCAUCUCCACAUCGGCAGCGUCUAGUGGAAACGUGCCCGUGGUGACAGCCUGCACACUACCACCUAUUCAAAUCAAAGAAGAAGUCCCAGAUGAAACUGAGGAGCCAGAAAGCCCUCCCCCUCCACCCAGAAGUCCAUCACCAGAACCUACUGUGGUGGAUACACCAAGUCAUGCUAGUCAGUCGGCCAGGUUCUACAAGCACCUGGACCGUGGCUACAAUUCAUGCUCAAGAGCAGACUUAUAUUUCAUGCCACUGGCAGGGUCAAAACUGGCCAAGAAGAGAGAAGAGGCCAUUGAAAAAGCCAAAAGGGAAGCGGAGCAGAAAGCCAGAGAAGAGAGAGAAAGAGAGAAAGAAAAAGAGAAGGAAAGAGAGAGGGAGCGGGAGCGGGAAAGAGAAGCGGAAAGAGCUGCGGUAUCCAGCUCCUCCCAUGAAGGCCGACUCGGGGAGUCUCAGCUCAGCGGGCCAGCACACAUGAGACCUUCAUUUGAACCUCCACCGACGACCAUUGCUGCUGUACCACCUUACAUUGGUCCGGAUACACCCGCUUUACGAACACUAAGUGAAUAUGCCCGUCCUCACGUCAUGUCGCCAACAAACCGCAACCAUCCCUUCUUUGUCCCCCUAAACCCCACUGAUCCACUUCUGGCCUACCACAUGCCUGGCCUCUACAACGUGGAUCCCACCAUUCGGGAACGAGAGCUGCGAGAGCGGGAAAUCCGGGAGCGAGAAAUCCGGGAAAGGGAGUUGAGAGAGAGGAUGAAACCUGGCUUUGAGGUGAAGCCCCCAGAGCUAGAUGCACUGCACCCAGCUACUAACCCCAUGGAGCAUUUUGCCAGGCACGGUGCUCUGACUAUUCCGCCAACAGCAGGACCUCACCCAUUUGCUUCCUUCCAUCCGGGUUUGAACCCCCUUGAAAGAGAGAGACUUGCACUGGCAGGCCCGCAGUUACGGCCUGAAAUGAGCUACCCCGACAGACUGGCAGCAGAGAGGAUACACGCGGAGCGGAUGGCAUCGCUGACAAACGACCCCCUGGCACGGCUCCAGAUGUUCAACGUCACACCUCACCAUCACCAACACUCACACAUACACUCGCAUUUACACCUACAUCAGCAGGAUCCCUUACAUCAAGGUGAGCCUAGGGAAUUGGGCUGGGCAGUGGAUCCUUUAGCCGCUGGACCCCAUUUGGCCCGUUUUCCCUACCCACCUGGGACCAUCCCCAACCCAUUGCUAGGGCAGCCACCUCAUGAGCAUGAAAUGCUCCGACAUCCAGUCUUUGGUACUCCUUAUCCACGAGAUCUGCCUGGUGCCAUUCCACCUCCUAUGUCCGCAGCCCACCAACUGCAGGCCAUGCAUGCCCAGUCAGCAGAGCUGCAAAGACUGGCAAUGGAGCAGCAGUGGUUGCAUGGGCAUCCUCACAUGCAUGGUGGUCAUCUACCAAGUCAGGAAGAUUAUUACAGUCGACUGAAGAAAGAAGGCGACAAACAGUUGUAAUAAAUUAUUUAUUUGUAAUGCUGGCUGUGGAAACCCCAGUCCUUGGGAAGGAGUGGAACAUUUUUACAUACAAUAAGAGCUACAAAAGGAAAAAAAGAAUAUCUUAUAAAGAUUUCUUUAUAUAUUUAAAACAGAAACAACCACCCAACAAGUAGAGACUUAUCAACAUAGUGUUUCAUUUGUAGAGAAGAUUUCUCAAGACUGGUGUGGGUCUCCCUGCAUGACAACGUAUUCAGAAGCCUAUUGAAAAUACAGGACUGUGUGGAAUAUUCAGAGAACUUCCUGCAAUCUUGGUUUUUUGGGGUUUUAUUUUGUUUCUUACUAGUUUGUUUUGAGUAGGUGCUAGAAUCAGGUUCACAACACAAGUCACUGUGCGUGAAGAGACACUCAAUGCAUCUAUAGCUAUUUUAAUAAAAACAAGGAUUGCAAGUAGGUGACAUAACAAGCUCUGAAUCCAAGUGCUAUAAUAAUAAAAAAAGAAUCUACUUUUAUUUUAAUACAUUGUAGGAAAUCUUCAUAAUUUUCAAGAGAGCUCAGUUCUGCAGCAUGGCUUUUUAAGUCUGUAAAUAACCUU